UGGCUAAGAGUGCGCACUGGGUUUGUGAAUGCGUACUCUUAGCCUCCCACAUUUGUUCCACUGUUAUCAAAAGAAACUUUUCUCUAUGGAAAUGUAUCAUAUUACUUUAAGUGUAGUGAUAACAGCAAUACUAAAUAAUACAUAAAUACUUGUUUCUAUUAACAUUAUUUAUUAUUUUGAUGUGAAUUUACCUUCAUUGUUGCAGAUAUGAUAUCUUUAUGAAUGGCUCCAUACAAGCGAAAAAGUGAGAGGGUUCUGACCACACAGGACAUCUUAGAUGAAGCAAAACGGAAAAUAGAGGCUGGUGACAGUAAAAGGAAAGUGGCCAGAGAUUUGGGAAUUAAGGAAAGCACAUUAAGGAAAAGACUCAAAGCAGGGACGGUUCCGGUAUCACUUGGGCGCUUUAAAAAUGCUUUGUCAGAUGAAAUGGAAAAAGAACUUGCACAGCAUUGUAAAGAUUUGGACAACAGGUUCUACGGCCUUACAAGAAAGCACAUAAUGAAAGUAGCUUUUGAUUUUGCAGAGAAGAAUGGAGUUUCUGAAAGAUUCAACCAAGAAAAAAAGUUGGCAGGAAAAGAUUGGUUAAAAGGGUUUUGCAAACGCCACAAACUUUCUGUUCGUGCGCCAGAAUUAUGCAGUGUUGCAAGAGCGGUGGGUUUCAAUAAAGUUCAAGUUUCAAGAUUUUUUGAAAACUUGAAGCAGUGUCGCGCCGCCGAGCUGGAAGACAGCCAGCCAGCGGGGCGCCGCGCCAAGCCGGGCCGAGUUUGCGUCGUCACCAUCGGGAACUCAGGAGGUGUCAACAACGCUGUCAUCGGGCGGAGCUACCGUCAGACUCCCAGCGACGAGAGCGACAGGCAAGACUUGGACAGACGUCUGCCCCCGUGCGAUGUUGGAGACAAGCACACUCUUCUCGAGGAAGAGGGACUGCUCGAUGUGACGCCGGGGUGGACGGACCGCAAGGGACGAGUGCCUGCGCUGAACGAGCGUGGAGGUUUCGACGGCCGGGCCGCGUUGGAGAGACGCGAGGCGAUGGACAUCGCUGGUGCCCCGGGGUGGUCAAGUGCCACGGCAGCGGCGGACUUGCUGCGACUCUGA